UUUACCUGGUGUGCGGCGGUGCACCUGUCGCGAAACUAGCUUUACCUCGGAUUUACCUGUUGAUUCAAAAUGCGUCAGUGAUCCUGUCGUCCAGUCGUAUCUAAACGCCAACUAAUCAAUAAUCAUGAAGAGGGGAACGCUGAAUUUUCUGGGUCGAAAGAGCCAGUCUCUUUUCGACACCAAUGUUAAAAUGAAGGACAUGGAAAAUGUCGAGCUGGUGCUGGGGUCAGCAGCGAUCCCCCAGUCAGGAACUGCCAGUGUGCGGGCCAGACCCACCGUCAAGCAUCACACUCCCUCACCAGACAGUUUUCAAGGGUUUGCCGUCCCGACACCCAAAGUCCCCCUCCUCCCCCCUGUCAACGGUCCAAAGACCAACGGUUCAGUCGGUGGAAAUCACUUGUUAAAUGGAUCAGUUAUAUCUAUGCCUGACCUCGAAGAGGAAGGAAUAUUUGUUCCCCCUCCUCCCGCUAUGGCUCCUCCACCCCCUCCAGGGACUUUUAUCCCUCCAGGGACUUUUAUCCCUCCACCAGACUUCAUGGGGGACCUGAACAGUCUAAAUGUGGCAACCCUUCAGUCUCCUUCCAUGCCCGAUCCCAAACCGACCUCAUUGGCACCUUUCAUGGAGGGGGAAGACUUAACCUUCUUAAAACCGCCACCUAUGGCUCCGCCAAAGCCUCCAUCUACUUGCUCCAGUGGCUCUGUAUCGUCAGUCCCAAUUUCCAGUCCACCACCAGCAAAAUUUCCCGAGCGCCCGAUGUUCGCCCCACCAAUGCCUCCUUCUGAAGCGCCACAAAAGACUCCUAAGAAACCACCUCCAAAACCCAUUAGACUGUCCUCUAUGUCCAACACUGACUCCCCACCAGGGACUCCUGCCCCUCCUCCCCCCUUGCCGACAACCACACAGUCCACAUUCAAUCCCCAAAACACAGCAAAGCUCUACUAUGUACCUCAGACCUCAAUUCUCAGUGGGUAUGAAGAGCACGACACAAAACGCAAGCAGAUGUUACUCUUGGAAGAUUCUGCAUCCGUUAAGUCUUCCCCGGUGCUUGUCCAGGUGGAUAGAAAAGCCCCUAAAGUGACUACACCGUCUAAACCAGCUCCCAAAGAUGUGCAGGAGCUGAAGGAGAACUUAACAAUGACCCUACCUUCUCAAUCACAGCCUCCUCAGCCCAACGAGGAGGCUAUAACAGGGAUAGUUUCAGUAAAGCCUGAAAUAGACAAACCCCUCCAGAUUCCACAUCAGCCGUCACCACAGCUGCUGAAACUAAACGGUCCUCAGGUGAAUUCAGAGCCCAUCAAGGACAAACUUGAAGGAUCUCCAAGUCAAAAUCGCAGAUUCAGUCCCAUAAUAGAUCGUAAACUACGCAACCUGAAGGGAAGUGAAACCAACGGGGCACGAGAUGGACCCGCAGCGUCGCCGUUGGCUCUUUUAAUGGCAGCUAAAGAAAGAGACAAACACAAAUCAGGUCACCCUCUGUCGCGGGAAAACAGCAGCAAGAAGAUUGACGAGCCUAGUACAAGCAUUCACCCGAGUGACACCAGUCCCAAUUCAUUUAUUGUCACCCCAAAGUCUAGCCCGUCCUCUUCUCUAACCCCACUGGAAAGAAUACAGGCAAGUCUAAAGUCUGUCAGUCCUGUGGUUCAUACGCCAACAAUUCAGGCUCCAGUUAAACCCAGCAGUCCUGCUCUGGUCAAGGAUCCGAUGCCAUCAACCAGUUCAGCUCUCAGUAGGUUGGCUGCAUCCCCAAGUGCGACCAACCUGGUUGAGCCAAGGCUAAAUGCAGUGCAAAGUCCCUCAAAUUCUCCGCCCACACAGCGUGAGGAGUUAAGUAUGCCAUUACUCCCUCCGCCGCCAGAAUUUGAUGAUUUUGACGAGAUUAUGGAUCCGCCACCUUCCAUGCCUGCACCAGACCCUCCCAUGAAAAAGGCACCAACACCAACUGCGAUCCCUCUCCCUCCAUCUCAUGUUCCACCUCCUCCUCCAAAACCAAAACCCCCAGGAGCUCCAAAACUCCCACCUCUUGACAUCGACGUGAAACCGAAACUGCAACCCCAGACGAAACCCAAUGCGGCCCCUGCUCAGCUCCCAUCCAAUCUUUCAUCCAGACAGGCCACGCUCCAGAGCAUCCUUCAAAAGAAGAUGCUGGAAAUGGACCACAAAAUGGCCCCAGUGAACGAGGCAGAGUCCACUUCAGAUGACUGGGGCGGCCCCAUGUCUGAUGAGGACAAUAAGGUCCCUGUUGUCCCCAGAGCCGCAUCACAGAGCAAGAAUUACCCCGCGGUCAACAAAGCAGCAGCACUUAAUAUGCAGGAGCUGGAGAGUAAAGUGGUCAGAAAAUAUCAGGAAACCUCUUCAGUAAAAGUUCCUACCAGCAACGGGACACAGUCAAAACAUCAGUAUGGUAUGACCUUUACUGUUCGACCUGGAACCAAGAAGCCCAUUACUCUUGUCAGUAGAGGGGAACCAUAAUGAGAUGCGUAAAUGAGAUAGGGGUUCUUCUGUUUAGCACACAUUGCAUGUGAUUGGAUUAUGUGAUUUUGCAUCAGAAGAAAUUUGUACAAUGGGGGGAAAAAAGCACUAGCACAAGAAAUUAAAUUAGCAAGUAUGCUAAGAAUGUCUCAAAGCAAUGGUCUGCUGAGUUCUGAAUGUAUUUCUCAAACUUUGGAGAACACACUAUCACUGUUAAAUCUGGUUUUCUGCUUUUGUAUUUUAUUUAUUUUAUUUGGAAGUGUCAGUACGGUUGACAGAAUUUUUUUUUCUUUUCUUUUGCUGCUGCUUUUUAUUCAGUGUAAAGGUUUAUGCUGCAUAUGUUGCCCCUUUAACCAAAGCUUUAAUCAGUUUUAAUGCCACAUGGGUAACAUUCAUAAGAAAAAUAAGUUAUUCAUAGCUGUAAAGUGUAUGGUGAGUGGAGAUUAAUCUACAUUUUUCUCUCAACAAAUUCCUGACAAAGGCUUUGACAGAUAUAUCUGUAAACUUGAUUGUAAAAAAACAAUAAUAAUAUACAAUGCAACUAUUGUGGUUCAUGCUCUAGUUACAUGUCCCAUAACUCAAAUGUUCUUUCACUGUUACAAGUACAUAAUGUAGGUCCACUGGAAUAAAGCCAACAGUUAAUUGGGACAAGUGUAUUUAUCUCUCAUUAGGAUUGUUUCUCAUAUUUAUUGAUCUAGGAAAUGCUUUGCCAUCUGUAUUAUAGUUAUUUUACUGCAAACUUUGUGUCGAUGUAUCUACACUCAUGCUGUACAUAUCCGUUUAUAUAAGACUACAAAAGUACCUAGAUAUUUUAAGAUUUAGUUUAUGUACCUUAAGUUUGUAUAAUCAAAUUAUUUAAAAUGACGGUUGUAAAGUCUUUAAUCAGAAAUGUUUAUCUUCACCAAAUGUGGUCCAACAACUAAUCUGAAAAUAAAUCCAAGCAGUAAAUGCAUGUUUUAAUAAA